GAGUUUGGAGUAGCUAUAGAAUAGUAGAAGACUGCUGCUUAGAAAUGUUGGAAUGCAUCUUUCUCUGCUUGCUGGAGUUGCUGAUGCAAUGGAGAAUAUUAUCUUGAAAUGUGACAAGAUUGUGUAGUUGAAACAUGAUGAGGCUUGUUUAAUAGUAAAGGCUAGGAGGUGCUAAUGGAGAGGCAGGGUAAAGAUGACAUCCAUGACUGCACAAUUAAGCUGAGAGUAAAUCCUCAAAAACAGAGAGACAAGGUGUACAUUGGCUGUGGUGCUGGAUUUGGAGGCGAUAGGCCAACAGCAGCUCUUAAAUUGCUUCAGAGGGUCAAAAGCCUAAACUAUCUCAUACUUGAAUGUCUAGCAGAACGCACUCUUGCAGAUCGCUAUCAAGUUAUGUUGUCUGGUGGUGAUGGUUAUGAUUCAAGGAUUGCAGAUUGGAUGAAAUUGCUUCUUCCGUUGGCUAUGAAGAGAAAUAUUUGCAUAAUUACCAACAUGGGUGCAAUGGACCCCCCUGCGGCUCAGCGAAAUGUUAUAGAAAUAGCAGGCAGUCUGGGGUUGAAUGUUUCUGUUGCAGUUGCUUAUGAGGUUUCAGUAAAAGAACCAGGCAUUAGCACAUAUCUGGGAGCAGCUCCUAUUGUUGAGUGUCUGGAAAAGUACCAUCCAAAUGUCAUUAUUACUUCACGCAUUGCAGAUGCUGCCCUUUUCUUGGCUCCAAUGGUCUAUGAACUUGGUUGGAACUGGGAUGAUUUUCCACGGCUAGCACAGGGAAUACUGGCUGGUCAUCUUCUAGAAUGUGGCUGUCAACUUACAGGGGGAUACUUUAUGCAUCCAGGAGACAAGUAUAGAAGCAUGUCUUUACAACAGCUUCUGAAUAUAUCACUGCCUUAUGCGGAAAUUGAGUGUGAUGGAAGAAUCACUGUAGCCAAGGCAGAAGAGACUGGAGGUCUUUUGAAUUUCAGUACAUGUGCCGAACAACUUCUGUAUGAGGUUGGUGAUCCAUCGGCUUAUAUCACCCCUGAUAUGGUGGUUGACUUCAGCAAUGUUUCGUUUUGCUCUAUAUCCAGCUCUAGGGUUUUCUGUUCCGGAGCAAAACCAUCUAUUCAAGGAACGCCCGAGAAACUCUUACAGUUGGCUCCAAAGGAUUGUGGAUGGAAAGGAUGGGGAGAGAUAUCCUAUGGGGGACGUGAAUGUGUUCUGCGUGCUAAAGCCGCAGACUAUCUGGUUCGGUCGUGGAUUGAAGAACUGUUGAUUGGUGUUAAUCAGGAUAUAGUCUCUUACACAAUUGGACUUGACAGCCUUAAAGCAUCCAACAAUAGUAGCACUAGUGUUGAAGAUAUUAGGUUGCGCAUGGAUGGACUUUUCAAGCAGAAGGAGCACGCUCUCCUGUUUGUUAGAGAAUUUACAGCUUUAUACACAAAUGGACCAGCUGGUGGUGGCGGCAUCAGCACUGGCUACAAGAAAGAAAUUGUGCUUGAAAAACAACUGGUUGGGCGUGAAAAUAUUUUCUGGCAAACAGGAGUGAAGUGCACUGAAGCAGUAAAAUUAGACAGUCAACCAAUAGAUGCUCGACAGGAUCCGGCAGAGGCACGUUCUUCGCCCCAAGUGAUGUUGCCAUGUCCGAUAUCUGCUUCCGCAGAGAAACCUUUUAUGGGCUUCUUCCCACCAGAACCAGGUCAUUCCCCUGUUCCAUCUGCUCAGGAGAUUGCUCUUUACAAUGUAGCCCAUAGCAGAGCUGGAGACAAAGGGAAUGACUUGAACUUCUCUGUCAUUCCUCAUUAUCCUUCUGAUAUUGAGCGAUUGAAGAUGGUCAUCACGCCUGAAUGGGUGACGAGAGUUCUCUCGGUUCUGCAUAAUUCGACUCAGUUUCCUUCUUCGGAUGCCAAUAAGAAGAGAGACGAGUGGGUAGAUGAAGACGUGAAGGUUGAAAUAUACGAAGUUGAAGGCAUCCAUUCUUUGAAUGUUGUUGUUCGUAACAUUCUUGAUGGUGGUGUAAAUUGCUCGCGGAGAAUCGAUCGCCAUGGAAAGGCCAUAUCAGAUCUCAUCUUGAACCAGCAUAUUGUUUUGCCACCAUAGUUUGGUGGUUCAUGCAGAAGAGAGCUAAAAUUCUUGAACCAGAAGGCUCUUCUGGACAAUAAAGUAUCUCUUUUUUCCAAAAAAAAAAAAAAAAAGGGAAAAAUUAUGGUGAGGUGGAGGAACCCAACCUCUAAUCUCAAGGUCAACAACAAAGAUUUCUGUGUUAGUUGAGCUAUGUUUAUUUUAACUUUUACCGUAAAACUUUGAGGUCGAACUUGUGUUUCGAAUGUCAGUCAUUUGCGAUCAAGUACAGACUAUCCUUGAAUUCCAAAAUGGAUUAAUAAUCCCCAUGUAUUACAUUUCUAUUUGCUUUAAAUCUUCAUUAAGAUCUAAGUUAUAUUUACUUUAUGAGAUCAAAA